UGCGAUUCCUUGGAUCCUACAACUCUCAUAAGAAAGUAUCAAUGGUAAAGUCGGUCGUCAAUACUGUUAAUAGUUUUAACUGUCAUAUGUUUUGAGCAAACAUGCAAAACACAACAGGGAAGUAAACACAAACAUGACUGGUUCAAUUUAAGAACUCAAAACUGAAGUGCAUGUCGGUUCUGAGCUGUAUAUUGACAUUUUAACGCUGUAUCCAACAUGCGAUGGGCGUUUUUAACUACGACAACAGUGGAGAUCCUUCCAUUUAUAUUUUCCAUUAAUACGGAUUUGUUUGACGUUUAUCUUCCACGUAAGAGUGACUCAAGGCCAAUUGACAAAUUGGAGUUUGAUUAGGAUGAUUUUAGUUAGAACGUGAUAUUCAUGAUUUUAGUUUCAACACUUUCCAAAUUCGGAAGACAUGCAUGCAUGUAUACAUACCCAUCCAUAUAUAUAUAAAAAAAUAGUAAAGGCAGAUAAGCUAUACCUGCCUAAUUUGUUACAAGUCACUGAGUCAUAAUUCAUAUCUAAAACCCUUAUCAGAUCCAUGUUUAUUUGUCAUUAAGAUAUAUAAAUGGAACGUUUUUUAAUCAACCAACCUAACAAAAAAAGGAAGAAUAAUCUUGGUAUAUCCAGCAAAGUCCUAGCCAUCAUCUAAUCGUAAACGGUUUGACCAAGAAAACAUACAGAUAAAGAUGACGAUGUGACAGAAGGGACGUCAGCUUAUGCGUAUAUGCAUUGCAUGUACGCUGCGACUCGACGCCACCUUUCCUAUCUAUAAAUAACAGAGACAACUAAGACUUGUAAAAACAUAUAAAUAAAGACAUAAACAGACAAAAGCUUAUUAAAACAUAAACAGUUCAAGGAUGGUGGUUGUCGGAAAUGAUCUCUCGUCCAAGACUCUCCCCAGAGUUCUCAUCGUCUCUCGUCGAACUCUACGCAAGAACAAGUACGUGGACUUCGUGGGAGAGUACCAUCUCGACCUCAUCGUCUCGCACGGCGCCGUCCCUGUGAUCGUCCCACGUGUAAGCGGGAUCCACUCUAUGCUCCGGAGCUUCGAGCCUAUCCACGGCGUCCUCCUCUGCGAGGGAGAAGACGUAGACCCUUCUCUCUACGCAGACAAAGAGCUGCCAGGACUCUCUCAGGAGGACAUGGACGAGAUCAGGAGCUUGCACGCAAGCGACACGACCAUCGACAAAGAGAAAGACAGCAUCGAGCUUACUCUAGCUAAGCUCUGUCUCGAAAGAAACAUUCCGUUCUUAGGCAUCUGUCGUGGCUCUCAGAUCCUCAACGUAGCAGCGGGAGGAACUCUGUACCAAGACAUUGAUAAAGAAGUUGGAACUACGACGAAGCAUAUAGACUAUGACAACUACGAUGAGCAUAGACACGAGGCUAGGCUCGUGGAGGAGACGCCGUUGCGCAAAUGGUUCGACGAGGUGGAUCAGAUCAUGGUGAAUUCGUAUCAUCAUCAAGGCGUGAAGAGACUCGCGGAACGUUUUGUUCCCAUGGCAUACGCUCCUGAUGGUUUGAUAGAAGGGUUUUACGAUCAGGAUCGGUAUGAUCCGGAGGAAGGUCGGUUUCUGAUGGGUCUGCAGUUUCAUCCCGAGAGGAUGAGACGACUCUCGGAUGAUGAGUUUGAUUAUGAAGGAUGUGUUUCCGUUUACAAGGAGUUUGUGAAAGCUGUGACAGCGUUUCAUAAGAAGCAACUUGAUGCAGCAGAGAUUGUGAUGGAGGUGAAGAAGAAGACGCUAGUCAAAAGUGAGCUUUUAGAGGCGAACACUUCGGUUCUAAGCAAGCAACAAGAGAACAGGCUGAAGCAGAUGGGAGCCACGGUGAGGAACUCGUGUGUGUACAUGAAGAGGAUGAAGAGGAAAGAGGAGCAAGAGAGAGCGAUGGAUAAGUUGUCCGCAGAGCGUUUGUCUGAUCUGCUUUCGUUCCACCGUAUGAUGGCUCGUCUUUGCUCUGAUGCCAUCAAGAGGAAGCUGCUGGAACCAGCAGAUAGUGAUAUUGAGACUGCCUUUUUCAUCAACUAUUAGCUUUUAUUGUAAUAAACAUGUUACAUAUAAAUGAAAAUUAGUUUUUCUGUUUACAUUACAA